UCAAGGGUGUUCGAUCUGUUUCGCGAAGCAGUGAGGAAUUGCAAGCCAAAAAGUGAGCUGCUGGGCUCUGUGUAUGCUGCGCGUUCCAAAGUGCAUUUUACGUCUGAAAAUCGGCAAAGAUGUCUUGAGGACGUGGACAGAGCCCUCAAAUGCAAGAUUCCAAAGUCGAUGAAAGCAUGGCUCAUCAAGCAAAAGUUCAAAGUUUUGCACAACAUUGCGCCGUCGGGGAUUGUGGGGAGCUUGCGAGAAAUGCUGGUGAACGAAGACACAGAUCGGGACAUCAAGGACCUCAAGAAAGAAGUGAAGCCAGUGGGGAAGUUUGGAUAUGAUCGUUCCGGACGUCCAUUGAACGAGCCCUUGGCUGAAGCCGAAACGCAUCCGGAUGACAUCAUCUUCCGACCGGAUGGAAAAGAAAACAUGCUCAUUUCCGGUGCUUCGGAUGCUAUUGUCCUCAAAUACAAACCCAAUCGCGGUCGUUACUACGUUGCCGCCCGGCAAAUCCAACCCGGUGAGACU